CUGGUCAGUUGGCAGACCUGCAAAAUCAGUAGAAUGUCAGCGCUGUUCGGUUAGGUGUUUUUAGGAAUUUCUAAAGGAAAAAUACAAUUUAAUUGUGAUCAUUUCACGUCCCCCAGCAAAUAAAUCUGUAGGAGAAUGUGUAAAAGUAGUACAAUCUAAUAUGAUACAAAUUCGCAACUGGUUUUGCUGUGAUUAUUGUGUGUUUUUGCAGGGAUAUAGGAUUGGGUGAGCAAGUAUGGCUACAAGUGAUAAUAGGAAAAGCCCUCAAUUGGGCAAAAUCAAGCUGAAAAUAGGAAACAGCACUGUAACUGCUAGUGACUCUGAUGCAAGUGUUGACACUAACAGCUUGAGUGCUGAGAGUGUCACUGAACAAAAUCAGCAGAGAAAUGUUGAGAAAAGGAGGAAGAAAAACCGUAGGGGCUCUGAAUGGGAGAUCAUGGCUGGGUUGAAAGAUGGUCAACGUUUUGAAAAUAAACCUAACCCUUUCAAUGGAUAUCUGCAUAAGAAAAGGAAGUGGCCCCUAAAAGGAUGGCAUAAGCGGUACUUUUUGAUCGACAAAGGCGUCCUGGUGUACGGAAAGGGUCCCACGGAGAUAAGCAAAGGCAAGAUCCACGGCACUUUGGACAUCGGUCUGUCUGUCAUAUCGACAAAGCAGAAACGUCGCCGCAUAGACAUCGACGCCGAAGAAUUCAUCUACCAUCUGAAGGCGAAGAGUGACGAGGCGUUCUCGAACUGGGUACAGCAACUCACGGCGCAUAGGCUGUUCAGGCAGCACAUCUUGACGUAUGGCACUAACGUGGGAGCGUUGUUCAAGCCCACCGAUGGACUUCAUAGCAUUCCAAGGACUCCCGAGAUCUUAAGCCGAGACGGAAGCCUGACCAGAGGUCUUCAGCCUCCAAACGGCUCGAUUCGUCUGAGCUUAUGGAUACAUGAAUCUCUAUCGGCUUUGGAACAGCAGCAACGUGAGUCGGCAUCUGCGGAACAGAGUCUCACCAAGCUGACAAAAUUACUACAGCAGAUUGAAAGCAAUAGCAUUGUUGUGGUAGAGAGUACGGGUGAGGCGCAAUCUCCGAACGUCAAGAAAGAUAGACGGAAGUUUGGGUUGAAAAAGAAGAAAUCGUCGAAAGGAGGAAGCGUUGAUUUGACAAUCCAGUUCAGCGGAAAUAAAUCCACGACCGGCACCGACACUGACAACACAUCACCGUUGUCGUACCCACGCACCCCUGGCACCCACAUACUCCGUUCUUAUCACUCUACCACUGCACUCUUCAAGGCUAAUUCAUUUUCUGCGCUCUCUUGUUCGCCACAGCCUAACGCGGUCUCAAGCACUACAUCUACGUUGCCGAUUCCAACAGCUGCCUCGAAUGCUCCUACUCCCGACAGUUUGAGUAACGUUGACGUUAUCUCGCUAUCCGCUGAUAAUCAGAUGAGGGAGGACUUCGUCACUUUGGCCAAAUCAGUGCUAACAACUUUGAAGAACCUGACGUUCGGCCUGACGACGGAACGGGAGCGUCUGAAAAAUGCGUUGGAAGUGGAGGCGCAGGCGCCUGCCAAUGUUAGUAACCAAAACCUACUCACAUUAAAGAAUAAUCUCAAUCAAGUUCUCCAACAGAAUUCGGAUCUGCGCAACAGGCUGGUCAGGAUCCACGAGACGUCCGAUUUGGAGGAUCUGUCGUCGUUGGACCAUCUGUCAGAGAACCACCGCGCUGCAGGCGGUACCGGGACCGGCACGUACACAGCCGCCUCGCUCAGCUACAGCUCGUCCUGUGUCAGCGCCACCGAGUUCUUCGACGCCGAGGACCUGCCGGCCAAUGAAAAGAAGCACCGGCCGCGUCACAACCACAAAAGGGCGGAGCCGACCGAUGACGAAGGCGGCUAUAGGCCGAACGCGGAGGAGGAGUCCGAGGUGCGCACGCGCAGCGAGAGCAGCUCGGAGGCGGGGUCGUUGAGCAGCGAGGCGGAGUUGGAGGAGGGGAGUAUCAGCAGCGAAUCGGAACUGGGGGCGGAGUUGGCGAAUUCGGAGAGGGCUGAAUUGGGAGACACUAGUGGCCUGACAGGCAGGCGUACGGCCCUUCCUGUUCCUCGACCCCCGACGGAGGGCCUAUCCUUAUGGAAUCUGCUCAGUAGAAACAUUGGCAAAGACCUCUCUCAAAUUAGUAUGCCUGUCGCCCUCAACGAACCCUUGAACGUUUUGCAAAGGCUGUGUGAAGAACUCGAAUACUCUGAACUGCUUGAUAAGGCAGCUAGUAUAGAUGAUCCGUAUGAAAGAAUGGUAGAAAUAGCUGCAUUUGCAGUUUCUGCAUAUGCCAGUACUCUCAGUCGUGCUGGAAAUAAACCCUUUAACCCCUUAUUAGGAGAAACUUACGAAUGUAUUAGGGAAGAUAAAGGAUUCCGAUUCUUAGCUGAACAAGUUUCUCACCAUCCCCCUAUAAGCGCUUGUUAUGCAGAAAGUACGAACUUUACUUUUUGGCAAGAUGCUAGAGUGAAGACUAAGUUUUGGGGUAAAAGUAUGGAAUUUCAGCCCCUAGGUAAUGUGCACGUACUCUUGCCAAAGACUGGUGAUCAUUAUGUGUGGAACAAGGUUACAACGUGCGUUCAUAAUUUAUUCAGCGGUCAAAGAUGGGUAGAUCAGUAUGGUGAAUUGAGAAUUACGAAUGGUAGAAUAACGUGUAAAUUGACGUUCGCAAAAGCUAGUUACUGGUCGGCUAAAAGGCACGAGGUUGUCGGUGCAGUAUACGACGAGAACGGCCAACCUGUCCGCAGGUUAUUCGGCAAAUGGUCUGAAUCUCUGUACUGCGGCGUGGCACCCUCUGCCAGGUGCAUAUGGCGGGCCGGUACUCUGCCUCCUAACCACGAACGGUACUACGGGUUCACCAGGUUCGCCAUUGAGUUGAACGAACUGGGACCUGACCAGCAGUUGCUGCCUCCGACAGAUACUAGGCUUAGGCCGGAUCAGAGGGCACUCGAAGAAGGUGACCUAAACACCGCCGAAACUCUGAAACUCCAACUGGAAAGCAUGCAACGAGAGAGGCGGAAACGGCGGGAAGAAUUGAAGAUUACGUACCAGCCGCGAUGGUUCUCGAGUACGGCGGACGAAACGUGGGAAUACAACGGGAAGUACUGGGAAACGCGCAGGAAUUCCGGUUUCGCCAAUUUGCAGUUCGAGUCGCUGUGGUGAUGCGAGAGGAAGGGCUCCAGGCAGAGGAGUCGCAGGGUGAGGAUAAUGGUGCAGGCACAUUAAGGUACAGAUCCGUACGUAAUGGUACUUGGUUCAAGUAGCAAUGCUUCCGAUACAGGCGGUUGAAAGUUAGUAUGUAUUUCCACGUGUCGAAACGCGCAAUUGCUGUUCGCAUGAGACGCGUUUCGACGCGCGCUUACAAGUUCUGGAGAGCUUUUUUAAUGUCACAAGCGUCAGAGUGUCGCCACAUACCGAAUUUUCGGUAUUUCUACCGAAAUGAGACCCUGUUUACCGAAAUUCCGAAAACGUCCUCAUUUUCGACGAUUUUCUUAAAUAACUCAGAUAUAUGCAGAUUUUUGACCGAAAAACAGCUGGAACCAAAAAUAAAGCUUAAAAAUUAAUUCUAUGUAGUCUGUGCCCCAUGCCAGUCAUACAAAAGCGAACUCAUUGGCGGUCGGGUACACGAGGGACGUAGAUUUGGGUUGCCUACAAUUGUGUACCCACACCCCUUAUUCUGCUCUUCCUAUAGUGGUUUUUGGGUACAACAGGUACAGACUGAUAGAUCACCGUCAUUAUCGCAUCACCAUACAGCAAUAAGGAAACCAAAGUGAAUAUUAAAUUAAAACGUCAGGUGAUAAGGCUUCAAAUUUAGGAAUGAAACAGAAAAAUAAACAAGAGUGGCAAAAGUAGUUCCAGUGAUCGCUGCAAAGGAGUUUGAAGAGCGACCAGUAUUCCUUAUACAAGUUGUAAUAAAGAACUUCAGAUUUUUUUAGGAACAGGUGCCGUCAAAAAAAAACUGCUGUUGUGUAUGUGUGCAAUACAAAAAUAUACUUUUUCAUAGGGGGCGCUGCAUAACGCACAGUUCCUUGACCCGGCACAGAUUUUUUUUAUCCUACCGAUUUUGUUCUUGAAUCUACCGAAUUUCAACGACACUGUCUACCGAUUUUUUUUUUCGGUUUGGCAACCCCUGCGUCACCCAAAUUGUCGCGCUGAAAAGAUGUAAAUUGUUCCACCUACAUCAAUUUAAUACUAAUCGCGCGUUUUUAUGUAACACGACGAUUUCAUGUUCCUAUCUACCGGCAAUUAUAGGGAACGAAAAGUAAAUUAUAAUUGAAUUCUCUACUACCUAUUACAAUAUUUUUGCACGGUGGUUGCUAUGAAAGCUGAUAUUGCGAAAGUGGGGGAUUUUUUCGAAACAAAAAUAAUCACGAAACGUUAAUACUAAGCGGGUGAUUUUUGGGUCUAUUUUAAGAAGAAAACUUUGUAUGAACGUAUAUCCUAGGUGUCGUAACUUUUGAGAUACAUGGUGGUAAAGUCUUAAGAACUAAAUAAUUGGUUAUUAACAGCUGUAAAUGCCACUUCAGAUAUUUUAACGAAAUUUAACAUGCAUGUACAAGACCCAUUUUUCAAUUGACUCUUUUGGCAGAUGUUGUUUGUACGCCGGUGAUUAUUUUUAAAAUAAAAAAUAUUCUGGAAAUUCCCAAUUAUAUCUAUGCACAUUGGAUUUCGUGAUUUUUUAAAUCCGAUACACGGUCUUCGCUUAAAAAAAUAAAAAGCGCGCAGACAAAUAGUAAUUAUUUAGGUGAUCGUGCUUUGGAGUAAAAAAAUUAAAGAGAUCAAAUCUGCUCAUCAUAGAUGAAUACCGAUAUAAUUUUUUUAAAGAAAGUCAGUGCUGUGUCACGACUUUCUAUAUUAGAAACUUUACCACCAUAUAUAUCAAAAGUUAAGAAGUUUAGGUCAUACGUUCAUAUGAAGUUAUCUUCGUAAAAUGGACCCAAAAAUCGCCCUUUCAAUAUUGACAUUCAAUUAGGAAACACCCAAUAUAUUGUGAAUGUUUUUUUCUUUUCUCUGUAAACGAAAUUGGCGUAAUAAAUUUUUCACAGCCUAUGCUUAGAAUGUGAACCUAUUUUCGGUAUGGUCAAAUAAGUAGCAAAGUUGAGAACACGAAACAACAUUGAGGCUGCCAUUUGACGCUUGUGAUUGGCUUGUCGAUACGGCAUAUUACACCUUUCAGAAACUAGUUAUGUUUGUGUUUUAAAGAGAAGAAAAGGAUCGUUUUUUAUGUGAAUGGAGCAAAAUACACACCAUCACAUGGUAACACUAUGCGGGGUAAUUCAGAAAAUAAUAGCAACGCUUAUAGUAGUAGAGGUUACCUCCAAAAGAAGUUCCUAUAAAAAUAUGUCCUAAGCUGCCCCAUUACCAAGAUACACGGUGUUGUAAUUUUUUAUGCCACUGAUGAUACUGAAUAAGGACAACAUAUGAAAAUUGUUCAGAUAAUGCUAUGGCAAUAUAUCUUCUUAAUGCACUUGAUACAAUUUUCAAUGUUAAACUUCACUAAUCCAAACGUAUUUUCAAACAAGAACACUUUGGAGUUUUUUGUCUCAAAUAUUUUUAAGCAAUUUUACCUGAAAAGUCUUAAGAGAGGCAUUUCCUGUAAAAUUGAUUACCUAAUUCAAAAAUGCAAUAAAUGUUUCAAAAAAGUCAGCGGCGUAGUAAAUAGUUUUGGUUUUUCUUCUGUGAGGGUCAAAACUUCCCAAUUUCCAUGCUACUGGUAUAGUGCAGGCACGAUAACCUUUGUAGGCAUUCACUAUGCUGUUAGUACUUAAUCCCCUCCAAAGAUGUUUUUUUUCGAUUUUGAGAUUAUAUCAUCACCCUGUAUCUCGAUAUGGGGGCAUUUUGGGACCCACAAGAAUUUUUUGUUUAUUUUUUAUGCCCUCAAAUAGUGCCACUUUUCUGAAUCACACUUUAUUUGGAUAUAGAUCCUAAUAUUGAAACAACAAACUUUGGAACAAAACUAUUCUCUAAUGUGCUAUUACGUGAAAACGGGUCUGUAUCAUGAAAAUCAGUGAAACAUUGUUCUUAGGAGUUGAGAUAUUUGAUCAUACCAACGUAUGUGUAUUCUAACCAAUAGUCUUGCUUAAAAUUCAUUCUUGUAUAUGAAGAAUUUUUUUAAAGCUUGUCCGCACCCCAUCAUUACAAAUCUCGACUGCUAAGUUCUUAGGUUUCACAUUUUUCGACAUGAGGUGUCCUGUACCAUUAAUAUUGAUAGAAAGAGACAUACUAUCUAGAAUAUUAUCGAGCAUGAAGUAAGGAUAUGACGAUGCUCUAAGGAUAUUAGGAUUGUGGGUUCACAAGUACAAAUAAUGUUUGCAAAGGCAUCGAAUCUGUAACACCAAACGAGUGAUAUAAUCUAUCAUAUAUAUUCUAAAUAGGUAAUUAUAGUUUCAUAUUUGCUAUGAAAUCUAAGUAAAACACCUUGUUUAGUGUGGUGAUCAGAUUUUUACAGCUCUGUGAGUUUUGAGCCACAGUUAAUAUCAUUGUACUUGUUCACUCAUGUCAUUGCGUAUUCAGCUAUAUAAGAUAAUCAACUCUUUGUGCAUUGUCAAUUAGCGGUUUAAAGUCUGAUCCUAGAAUUGGAUAGAAGUACGUAUUUAUAUGUCGACGAUACUGACAUUUAUUGGGUGCUAAACAUUCUCUUAAUUAGAUCUACCCUAUUUUUACAUGAUUUAAGCUGUAUACUUACCAUAUACGAGUUUUUGUCAUGCAGGUAUGUUGAUUGCUCUCAAAUAAGGUGGAAACGGUUUCAUCGAUUCUAUUGCUAUGUCAUGGUUACGGAGUGUUGCUUUUGCUUAUAUUCUACUACAAUGUCCUGCUUACAGAAGGAUGCUUUGAUUUUCCAAUUGGAAGCAAGUAAGGUAUUCAACAUGCAAGUAGCUGUAGUAUAAUUUCGAUGUUCUAGUUUUUCCUACUUUCAUGGAACUAUAAGAAAUGAGAAAGUUUAUUCAUCUGAAAAUCAAAAGCAACACAACCAUUUUUUAGCGUAUUUGAAAUUGGUCAUUUUCUAGAUUCUAUGGAAAUAUGUACUAACUUACACCAAGUCUGGCCACACAUCUUAUCAUGAGAAAAAAAACCAAAUUGCUGAGUAUGCAGCUUAAAAAGUGCACCUUGCUUAAACGUAGAUCGUUGUUACCCUGAAUUGAUAAACAAGAAAAAUGGUGAUUUGUAAAUUUUUUAUAGAUGUAAGUACAUUUUAAAUGGUUCCACGCAGGUUUUUAUAUGUGAAUCAACUGUUUGCUUUAAGCUUUAUGUACAUUUCGCGAUUUUAGAUGCGUAACGUUAUUUAAAGAGAUAAAAAAUAAUGCGGGUAUAUGUACAUUUGUGCUUAUUUAUUUAGUAAUUAUUUCAAAUAUGGACUGUUGACAUUCCUAGAACGAUACAUUUUUUAUUGUAUUCAGAGAUGCGAGAAAUGAUUUUUAAAUAUAUUCAUUUAUAUUAUCGAGGAUUUAUUUUCUUUUUUCCUUUAGCAUGUCAUUUCAAAGCUGCGAGCAAUCAGUUUAUUGUAUAAGCUUUUCAAUUUACUGUAUAAACUUAAAAAUAAACGAUUUGUAAAUAUAUUUGUUAAUUAUGCAGUUUGAUUGAUCAGCAAUUGAAAAUGAGGAAUCUGCUUGGAAAGCCUUAAGCAUCAUAUUUUAUUUAUCAUUUAUCUUGAGAAGCUGGAAGAAUGUUGUACUUUGUUGGUUUCACUCCACCCGGAUGUCAGUUUAUCUCACUUCGUUCGCCAUUAUCCUGAUCUAAAGACCUAACAAUUCGCCUCCGAAUCAUUUUUUAUCUCUUCAAAUAUUAUCGCUACAUUUUUAUGGAUGCGAUACAUGCGUCAUCCAACCGCUAUUCAAUGUAUAAUGGUGCGGACAUAGAGAAAGCAAGUUGAGUGGUAAAAUAUAAAAAAAGCUAUAUUUUGUGAGGCUGGUCACAUGUUUAGAACCAAUACAAGGCAGCAACAAAGCAGCAGGUUACUUAUACAGUCCCCCCUUCCUCCCUCCCUACUUAUUUUUUUUAACGGGUCAGGUCAAUAAGCUGAAAUAUUCAGGAUAAUGAAAUUGAUAUAUGGACACUAUAUUUUGGCAGUUAGAAAUUCUGAGAUGGUGGCUGGGUGCUAUAUUGAAACAUUUUUAAAUAAAAUGAGGGGCCAUGUAAUUCUUCAUUUUGAAGCUUUACAUAUUAUAUUUUAUAACCGCUUUCAAAAUGGGGAACUGAUAGACUGUCAAAGGUGAGUGUUUUUUUCUUAGAAUGUAUCCGAAUUAUGUAGC